AUGUUCCCAUUGCUUCCAUCCUGCCCCGCCGGUAAAGCCGCCCUCCACGAAUCACCCAAGUCGAUCGAAAUCUGGCCGAACGCACUCGUUAUUCCCCCAAAAUUUAUGUCGACACUCCAUGUGUGUUCUGGAUCAGCGCGCGUCAACAACAAGAAGACUGAAAAGCAACGCCGCAUCCACGUUCAGAAAAUCCGUCGAUGGAUGGUUAAAUUCGAGAGAAUUCGCUCCCUCCACCUGACCUGCUUUGAUCUCCACGCCGCAAGUGGCGCAGCACUAAAGGCCAAACGGCCGCGCAUCGAUCGAUAA